AUGUCAUUUCCUGCAAAUGAUGGUAGUUCGGAUAGAAAACAAAGGAAACUUUCUACGAAUUUCUGUUUUGCAUUUCAAAAUUUUCAAGAGCAGUCUAAAAAAUAUGAGAACAAACUGCAAACAUCUUAUGUUAGAUUUAUUAUGCUGCAAGGAAUUGAUUUUCUGGAUGUUUGCGAAUGA